AUGCCUUUUGCCAAACCCAAAAUACCGGUGUAUCCACGACCAGUAUCACCCAUCUGCGCGGACGAGAUACCUGUCUGCAAGGACACAAUAGUGUACUAUGGUGGCGCCGAAGGAUUUGAUGAGGAGGACAGGCACACGGAGACAAUUGCAACGAAGCGACGCAUUGAGAGCUAUGCAACUGCAUAUCUGCGGGGAGAGUCUCUAUUGAUCUCUGCCGCCCAGUUGAAGGGCCCUUUUGACAAUGGAUGGCAAAACCCAUGGAAAAGACGGAAGACAGCCACCAAUAUCAAGCACAAGACAGCACAGGACACGACAUGUGAGACUGUCCGCAAGCCUGCAAAACUAAGGACCUCGUCGUCUGCUGCACCUUCGAAGAGACAUGCAUUGCCACAGACCGCUGCCAAAGCAAUUGCGCAACCUGAACGUUCCGCCCAGAUCUCCUCUGAGACAACUCGUCGCGUGAUAUCACAGCAUCAUUCUUUGGGAGGCGGUGCCGGUGAGGUGCAUCCCAAGACACCAGGCCAACCUUGUUCGCAGGAGAAUCACAAAGUCGAGGAUUGGCUAAGGAAGAACGACUCCUAUAUGCAACCGGACUUUUCUCAGCCGUCCUUUUCCUCUCCGUUGGCGAAGAAAAGCCCAUACUCCAGAACGAAGGAAUGGGAGUCUGCACCGGGCGAGGUGGGCUUACCGCCGAUGCUGGAUGCCAUCGUCCAAGUUGCCAAAAGCAUGCGGCGCAGCAGCCAUUUUGGUACCAGCGAGUUGGUGCAAGACGGUCAAAAGAACGGGGCUUGUUCGCAAGCAGGGGUUAUACAGCCAGUCACUGGGACUAGAACGGCGAGGAAGUCCACGAGGAGCUCCUCCUGGCAUGCUGCAGGUCCACAGGAGAUGAACAAAUAUCGAAGCGACACCAUGGACGGCUUCAGGGCAAAGGGUGCAGUUUUGGAGACAAAGUCUACUUCAAUGCCUGCUGCCAGCAUACCUACUUUCUAUGCCAGCUCUGACAACCGCUACGACCAUCUAUCCAGCCAGCCUCGGCCUGAAAUUUCGACUCUCCCUCCUAGACAUGAUCCCAAUCAAGCAGUAGCGACAAAAGUGGUGAAGGCGGAGAGUCGGGGAGGUUCCAAUGCAGAAUCUGCUGUCGCAUCCUCACCCCUAUCUCUGGCACCAGAAAAUACACUGCCGAAUGAGCUUGAGGCCAUGCCGACAUAUACGAAAGAUCAAACCAACGCGAACACGAACACGAACACAACCAACGACCUCCCAUCUGCCCAGGUCUUACCACAACCAACUCUGCGGUCUAGGCGUUCCGAUAUGUCAAGCAAUGGGGACAUGCUUGAAUUGCCCAGGGGGCACGCGGUAUCGCAACUCAUUGGUGUCAAUACAAUUGAAAAAUCAGCCAGGCCAGCCGAGGUUGAGAUUGAGGCGAAAGCUGUGUGUGCCGGUCUGACAAGAUCUCGGACCCCAAGCCGCUGCGAACCCGCAGACGAGGAGCAUGUUGAUGCUGCGGAGGCACCCGCCAAUGAUACUUUGUAUUCACAUUCCACUGUGACUUCUAAAGUUCAUACCGCUACAGAGCCUAGCCCAGAGCAUGAUAGAAGUUCCCUGAAGAAGACGAGCUCAAUCUGUCGAGUGACAAAGAGCAGGAAAAAGGCGUCUUUCGUCGCAAGUGAACGGUCUCCGGGAUCAUCGCAAGGUUCUAUCAAAUCGGCUAUGAAAGUUGCGAAGCCCACUGUCUUGAGUCAGAACAGGAUGAAUUCGAAAUCAGCCUUGUCUCAGUCGCUUGGCUGUGACGAACGGGAUGGUGUGGAACAGACCUCACCCUGCAAUGCGAUGCGCGCUCCAAACUCAUCAAGGAUGAUGGCGGCGCCGAAAGGCAUACUCAAAUCAUCUCUGUCGGCGAAAGAGGAGCCGCCCAUCUCUUCAAGCAAAGCGGCCUCAUCUUGCUCGAAGCAGGACGCGCAACGAGCGAUGAGGCUUGACACGAUGGAGAAGCGGUCCGGGCUGAUUAACGAUGAAGACUUUGAUCUAGAUGCUGCGAUCGAUGACUUGGGCAGUUUCCUGGGUGUAUGGGACGCAGAAAAGGAAGCAGCGAGAUUGUCCAACGCAUCAGGACAGACUCACGUUGCCCAUGAGAGUGGGAUUUGA